AUGGGGAUUAUCCAUAUCGUGAUGUUUGAGUUCAAGGAGGAGGCAACAGAGGCGGAGAUUGCGGAUACAUGCAACCGUAUGCUCGAGCUGAAAGAUCAGUGCCUGCAUCCAACAUCUAAAACACCUUACGUCAAGUCGGGAAUUGGAGGCAAGCAGAACAGCCCCGAAGGAAAGACUGGAGGCAUGACACAUAUUUUUGUCGUGGAAUUCGCGAAUGAAGAAGAUAGGACGUAUUAUCUCGAGAAAGACCCUGUGCAUUUGGGAUUCGUGAAGAGUAUUGGGGACGUGGUAAAGAACGCGCAGGUGGUGGAUUUUACGCCUGGGGUUUUCUAG